AUGCACACUGAAGGCCGUCAGACGGUGGCAUCCUCAGCGGACAGCAUCAUGACCAGCCUCCAUCAUGUCGGCCACAACAACAACAAUGGCGACAGUAGUGCUCUGGUCGGCAGCAUCAACGGCGGAGGCGGGGGUGGCAGUCCAACCGCCGUCCUGGGCAAAGGUGGUGGUGGUGCUGCUGUUGUCAACGACGACAACUCCGCCAAGCUGAACACCGCCAUUGAGGCCUGUCGGAUGAUCCAGUCGCUGAUUGACAUCAGCUACAACAAUAUGAUCGGCAUUAGGACGCAGUGCGACGUCAGCAGGCCGGAUAUUCAAAAGGAGAUACGCACUCUCGAGAACAAAGUCGUCCGCCACAUAGCUCAGCAGAUACUGGAGAAGAUGAAGGUGCCCGGGUACAAGGGCAUCAAGCAGCUCCAGGCCAUUCCCAAACUGCAGCAGUGGCUCAAACUAGUCGGUCUGGAUGACUCUCGCAUUGAGUUCCUGACAAGGGAGUUCAAGACAGUGGACGCCCUGAUGGACGCCAGCGAGGAGCAGCAGCGAGAAGCGGUGCUGCGGGCCUUUGCCAUCGACAACGUCUCCAGCUCUGAUGAGGACGAGGGCGUGGAGGAGGACAACGGUGGCGACCCGUGCAAUGGCAGAUGCAGCAGCAGCAACAGCAACAACGUGCAGAUGGCCAGAGACGGCCGCCGCUACGUUCGCGGACACAUCAAACGCCUGGUGCAGGCGCAGAUCUGCCUGCACACCUACGUGGACGCGCUGCAGAACGACGUCGAGCCGUCCACCUGCUUCGAUCUCACCUGGGGCAGCUGGAACAUGGCCUGGAACAGCGACGAGAAGAAGGCGGCGGCGAUCAUCUCUGCGGCCGUCUCCGAAUCGGCGAACAGCACACCGUACAACUUUGGCUUUCUGUCGCACCGCUCCAGCAAGUCCUCCUCGGGGAAGCAGCACAACUCGCUGGACAAUCUGCCGCACUCUGCACCGCACGGUCGUCGUCGACUGGCCACCGAGCCGGGCAGCAUCGGCAGCACCUCGCCCAUUCUCUCCUCGGACUGCUCCUCGCCGGUGGCCGUCUCCCCGGACAACUUUACCGCCUCGCAGUUGCAGGCACAGCAACAGUACCACCUGGCACACGGAGGACCCGAUGGAGGUGGGGGCUUUGCAAUGCCGCCGCACAUGUCACCGCUGUCCUCUGCUGCUGCCAACAACAACUGCGGUCAGCAACAGCAGCAGACGAAUCACAGCGGCGGAGGUGGAGGCGGUGGAAACAGCAGCAGCAGCGGCGAUGAGCAGAGUCGCAACGACGCCCCUCGGUCGCCGCGGUCGCAGGGCAUGCUGCACUCCAUCCACCACCGCUUCACCGCCACCAUGAAGAUCAUCGCCAUGUGCAGCGUCUGCGACCGGCCGAUGAUACUGGGGUACAAGUGCCGCGACUGCAAGUACUACUGCCACAACGACUGCCUCCACCGGGCGCCCAACUCCUGCGGCCUGCCGAAGCUCUUCAUGGAGAUGUUCAAGGAGAAGGCCAAUCUGGAGAAGCAGCUGCAGCUGACAGACAGUGGCACCUUCUGCAACAGCUUCACCCCCUCGCCGAAUGCGUCCUCCUCGCGGGCGGCCAGCCUCUCCUCCGCCUCCUUCUCGCACAGUGCUCGCACGAAGAGUCAGCUGGGCAGCUACAAUCAGAUGGGCUGCAGCAUCGGCGGCUGCCCAGGGCACAGCUCCUCCAAUCCCUCCUCGCCGGCGCUCUUCAACAACAGCAACAACAGCAUCAACAAUUUGUGCAGUGGUGGUCAGCACCAGCAUUCCAGCUCAUCGUCGACGGGCAUCUCGCCGACGAAUCCGCCGCUGCCACCGCUGCCGCAGCCGUACAAGUACAGCUCGCAGUUUCAGUUUCCGCCCGACAUUAACAUCACCUUCUCCAAUUCCGGUCCGGCCUCUUGCAUGAUUAACUCGGAGACAGACGGAGACAUGGGCGGCGGCGGCUCCUCCGACUUGAACCAGGUCAAUGACGAGUCGGACGGGGGCAGCAUCGGCGGGGGAAUGGGCAUCAAGUGCAUCGACACCAUCCACGAGGAGGAAGAGGGCAGCGGCAGCUGCGGGGGAACUGGGGCGAAGAACAGCGGCGGCGGAUCGCCCAACUACCUCAUCGACACGGACAGCUCAAAGGGCAGCACGCUGGCCACCGCCGGCUCGGGCUCCUCCGGUGACUCGGGCCGCACGCUGACCGGCCGCCUCGACUCGCAGGACUCGCAGGCGUCGGACAUCCUCGAUGGUGACGGGCGCAUCUGGCCGCGGCAGAACUCCCUCAUGAUGCGCGAGUGGGACAUCAACUUUGCCGAGCUGGAGCUGGGCGAGGUCAUCGGCACCGGCCGCUUCGGCACCGUCUACACCGGCCACUGGCACGGCGCCGUGGCCAUCAAGUGCCUGAACAGCGGCAAGAACGCCUACGAGAACCAGAAGGUGCUGGAGACUUUUCGCCAGGAGGUGGCCAUCUUCCGGAAGACCCGCCACGACAACCUGGUGCUCUUCAUGGGCGCCUGCAUGCGCCAGCCGAACCUUGCCAUCGUCAUCUCCCUCUGCAAGGGCAUGACGCUGCACAAUCACAUUCACAUUCGCCACGACAAGUUCAACCUCAACCGGAUCAUCCUCAUCUCGCAGCAGAUCUGCAUGGGCAUGGGCUACCUCCACGCCCGCGGCAUCAUCCACAAGGACCUGAAGACGAAGAACAUCUUCUACGACAACGGCAAGGUCACCAUCACCGACUUUGGCCUCUCCUCCAUUGCCAAGCUGUGCGACACCAACCAGAGAGUGGAUCGCUUGACAGUUCCUAAAGGCUGGCUCUGCUACCUCGCGCCGGAGAUUAUUCAGUCGCUGAGCAUUAACAGCUGGGACAGCGAUGAUUUGCCCUUUUCCUAUGCUACUGAUGUUUACGCCUAUGGUACCAUUUUAUACGAGCUUAUGUGUGGCAUGUGGCCCUUUGCCGGCCACCCCUCUGAAGUGAUCAUCUGGCAGGUGGGACGGGGCAUCAGACAGCCGCUGAUGAACUGUCAGGCGUCCAGGGAGGUCAAGGACCUUCUGAACCUCUGCUGGGCGUAUGACGAAGACGAGCGACCUGACUUUGCGAACGGCAUUCUCAGUCUGAUUCAGAAGCUGCCGAAGAAGCGCUUGACUCGCAGUCCUUCCCAUCCGACGCACCUGCAGCACACUAGUGAACAAAACUUUUGA